UACACCAUCACCGUAUCCCGUAUAUAGAACCGAGUGUGUAUAUGUGGAUGUAUGUGCGCCCCCAGGGAAGCCAAGCUCUAGCUGGAAAUGGCAAUGGGCUCUUGCCGCUGUGGGCCUGGACGAGUACGCAGGCAGUGUAGGGGUGUAGGGUAUAGAAAUUCGCACUGUGCUGUGAAUGUGAGGGAAGAAGGCAACAACGAGUCGCACACAUGCUGGCUGGCAUUAUCACGCAGCUUAGAGAGUUGUUUGGAGGAGCCAGGGGUUCAGUAAGGAGAAGAGGGGUAGUCAAGGUACUGUUCUGGGCAGGAGAGAUAGCAGCAUCGACCAAGGCAGCGACUAGACAACUGACGAGAGAUGAACAACGACUACGACUAUCUAUUUAAGCUAUUGUUGAUUGGUGACUCCGGUGUGGGUAAGUCGUGUUUGUUGCUCAGAUUUGCUGAGAACACAUAUACACAAGACUACAUUUCCACCAUCGGUGUCGACUUCAAAAUUAGAACCAUAGAGUUAGACGGAAAGACUAUAAAGUUACAAAUCUGGGACACCGCUGGACAGGAGAGAUUCAGAACGAUCACAUCUUCGUACUACAGAGGUGCACAUGGUAUCAUCAUUGUUUACGAUGUGACAGACCAGGAGUCUUUCAAUAACGUCAACCAAUGGCUACAGGAGAUUGACAGAUAUGCCACCAGUAGUGUCCAAAAGCUCUUGGUUGGUAACAAGUGCGAUUUGACAGACAAGAAGGUUGUGGAUUAUGCGGUUGCCAAGGAGUUUGCCGACUCGAGAGGCAUUCAAUUGUUAGAGACAUCUGCUGCCGACUCCACUAAUGUUGAACAGGCGUUCAUUCUCAUGUCUAAGCAAAUCAAAGAUCAGAUGGCGAACGCACAACCUGCAGCAAACGCAAGCAAUAAACCAAACGUUAAUCUAGCAGGUACUGCGGUUAAUUCUCAACAAGGAGGUUGUUGUUAAGAAACUUUCGAUAUCUUUUUUUUUGUCUCUCCCCACCAUUUAAGUAGCUACAGCUUUAAUCAAUGAUAGUUAUAAGAAUGCUGUAUGCAUAACCCGAAAAUCACAUUACUCAGAUUUCCCCUUCUCUUGAAAGGGGAGUGUUUUGCGCACAGGUGCUUUGCUUUACUUUCUCUUUCUACGUUGAUGGCUGGUAAUCUAAUGCGUGUGUGGGUGUGUCUCUCAAAUUUUCUUUCCUUCUAGUUUUCUUCCUUUCUACUUAGGUCAUUAUUCUAUUGACAGGUAAUUUAAUAUAAUUCUAUAAACACAAUUAGUGCUUCGAUGCAGAUCUAUACAUAUCUAAGUACUCUUUUACAGAUAACGAUCU